UGUGGGGUGUGAAACGUCAACAGUUUUCCACUGAAUACCACUUUGUGAUCAAGUGUUCGCUCCGUUUCAACAUGGCUCAUGUUAAGGUGCUUGUAGCUGUUGCUGUGAUUGCCACCGUGUGGCAAUGUGCUAACGCUGGGGGGCAUCAUGGCGGCGGUGGUCAUGGUUACGCCCACUCAUUCGCCCACUUCCACGGCCCGGUUGUGGGACCUGCAGAACCUGUCCACGUCGGCCAUGGCCACGGUCACGGACAUGCCAUCGACUAUGUGGCUUAUCCCAAGUACGAUUAUUCGUACGGGGUGUCAGACCAUAAGACUGGAGAUUCGCACGGCCAGAAGGAGUCCCGUGACGGUCACAAGGUGACAGGCGAGUACUCCCUGAAGGAACCAGGCGGUAACGUGAGGACCGUCAAGUAUCACGCCGACAAGGACGGCUUCCACGCUCACGUGAUAAACAGCAACGGAAACGACCACUCUGGAGCUCACCAUGGCCAUGGUUAUUAACAACACAGGGUAGCAACUGCACACCACAAGGCAUACUCUGCAUCCGCCAAUGCUCACUCAGAUUUCUUACAAAUGCUGUCCCUUGUUUGUUCUUGUCAUGACGUCUUUGUAUCUUACGGCGUACCAUCCCGUUAUGAACGUGUACAACAGUCAAUACAAUGUAUUAUAUAUCCCAUCUAUUUAUCUACUUUCAUAUAAUUUGAUCUUUCAGCGACACGUUUCCCAGUAGGCUACGUAAUAUAAAACAUGCAUUAAGAUUUGUUACUUUAAUCAAUGGCUCCUUUAAAGAGCUGUUGUAAUACCGUCGUUUUUAAUUUAUCUCAAGAGUUGUAAGAAUGAAAGAUCACUUAAUGUUUAGUACUGACAGCUACGUCGUUUUAAGGCAACAUUUUUCUUGUAGCUCUUGUACUGUGUUAUAAUAUAUUUGAACAUAUAAUGUACUUAAAACACUCAAACGAUAGCUUUAUUGUAAACGGAUAUUGUUGGUUCCUAUUGUUAUUAAUAACAUUUAUGCAUAUGUUGACUGUUUUGCAAAGCUUUUACAUUUCUAUUCUAAUUUUUAAAGUUUGUAUGUGUUAUUGUUCUGAAUGUUAAUAAAAUUUACUCGUUACAGUAACCACUGAAAA